GCUGAUUUCAGCCCUGUAGCGUCAGGAUUGCGUCAAUUUGGGUUUCAACCACGUCUUCAGUCUCAGAGCGGAGCUACUCAGAAGAGCCAAAACAGGAAGGGGGUUGCAAAUCAGUGUGCAAAGGGGAGGACCGAAGCUUCCCCUCCCCCCUCUCCUCCAGUCCUCUCGCAGCCUCCUCCUCCACCUUCCCCACCGCUCGUGUCUCCGGGUUUGGGGGUUUGUUUGUUUGUUUGUUUGUUUUCUGUUUUGGUUUGUUUUUUAAAAAACCAAACCACGCUGGAAAAGACGGUCGCCCGGGCGCUUUGAGAGCGGAGAGCCGGGGGACAGCAGGGCAGCGCGUUCGGCGCCCCGGGCAGGUCGCUUGGUACCGGGGGAGGCGGCUCCCGCGCCCCGGACGGCGGCUCCAGCACCGCGGACGGCGGCUCCAGCACCGCGGACAGCGGCUUCAGCACCGCGGACAGCGGCUCCGGCACCGCGGACAGCGCACGCCGCCAACAUGGCUCCGAUCGCGGCCAGCCGCCAGCAGUUCGAUGAAAUUCCUACAGUGGUUGGGAUCUUUAGUGCAUUUGGCCUUGUCUUCUCUGUCUCCCUUUUCGCUUGGAUCUGCUGCCAGCGUAAAUCUUCCAAAUCCAAUAAGACCCCUCCAUAUAAGUUUGUCCAUGUUCUGAAGGGGGUUGAUAUUUACCCUGAAAAUCUCAACAGUAAGAAGAAGUUUGGAGCAGAUGAGAAAAGUGAAGCAAAGAACAAAUCAACGAUGCCAAAGAAUUCUCUCCAUCUUGACCUGGAGAAGAGAGAUCUCAACGGCAACUUCCCCAAAACAACCCCUAAAAUCCAGAGCUCUCCAGAUCUUGAAAAUUUGUCUCCUAAGCACUUUGUAGAAAGGAAGAAAGAUUCAGUAUCCCCCGAUAGUUUAAAAUCCAUCACUUCCCUGUCAUCUGAAGAUAAACAAGACAAGCUAGGAACUCUCUUUUUCUCCUUAGAGUACAACUUCGAGAAAAAGGCAUUUGUAGUGAACAUCAAAGAAGCACGUGGGCUGCCAGCAAUGGAUGAACAGUCAAUGACUUCUGAUCCCUACAUCAAAAUGACAAUCCUGCCUGAGAAAAAGCACAAGGUGAAAACCAGAGUGCUGAGAAAAACCUUAGACCCAGCUUUUGAUGAGACCUUCACGUUUUAUGGGAUCCCCUAUAGCCAAAUUCAAGACUUAACACUUCACUUUAUGAUCUUGAGCUUUGACAGGUUUUCCAGAGAUGAUGUCAUUGGAGAAGUCCUCAUUCCCCUUGCAGGAAUUGAACUGUCAGAAGGAAGGCUGCUAAUGGACAGAGAGAUCAUCAAAAGAAAUGUUAGGAAAUCAUCUGGGCGUGGAGAAUUACUGAUCUCUCUCUGUUAUCAGUCUACAACAAACACGCUCACUGUGGUUGUUUUAAAAGCCAGGCAUCUACCUAAAUCUGAUGUGUCAGGAUUAUCAGAUCCUUAUGUCAAAGUGAACCUGUACCAUGCUAAGAAGAGAAUUUCUAAAAAGAAAACCCACGUGAAGAAAUGCACCCCAAAUGCAGUGUUCAAUGAAUUGUUUGUCUUUGACAUUCCUUGUGAGGGCCUUGAUGAUAUCAGCAUUGAAUUUUUGGUUUUAGAUUCAGAUAGGGGGUCAAGGAAUGAAGUCAUUGGCCGGUUAACCUUGGGAUCUUCAGCAGAAGGAACAGGUGGAGAGCACUGGAAAGAAAUUUGUGAAUAUCCUAGGAGACAAAUUGCCAAAUGGCAUAUGUUGUGUGAUGGUUAGCAGCUUAGAGAGGGGUUGGAACUUGAAAAACUAUAUAUAUUUCCAUAGGCAAGGAGCAGUUUUCUUUCUCUGCUAUGUAUAAUUACAGGCUUGUAACUACAAGACUUUUUUUGGGGGGGUGGGGAACAAAAACUGGAUUGAAUUAUCAGAACAGAAGGUAACUAAAUUUUCACAGUAAAUAAAGGAAUUUCUAUUUCAUUAGAUUUUAACAUAAUUGGAUCAGAUUCAUAUUUUUCUGGAGUUUAAAUAGCCUGAAACUUCUGAAGCACUAUAAACUUCACUAAGAACAGACUAUGUUUUAUGAAAAAGUCACUGGAAACUUAUUAGUACUGUUAUACAGAGGAAGAUAACCUCAUUAAAAUAUAUCGCUAGAUCUAAAAAAAACCGCCUGUGGCUUACUGGGGAAGGGGCUGGGUCUGUAAAAGCCAUGGGGAAUGAGGGUGAAUAGGAGGGAAAUUCCUUCUGCCCCUCCAUCAGAAACCUUCUUUUAUGAAAAUUCAAUCAUUAUUUGUAAGUUUUGGUUACUUAUAUUUUGAUCAUCCCAAAGACUGAAGAGAUUUUCAGCAAUUUGCUUUACAUAUCACAUCAUGUGCAACUAGUUGUUUUAAGUGUGGAAAUACUGUAUAAUUAUUUACAGUUGGAUUUUUUAAUAUGUAUAUAUAUAACUUGUUUUAUUACAGUGACUGAAACAGAUGAUACAUUCUACAAAUCGUUGAGGAAGUUAACAUACCUUGUUUUGUUAAAAGGGCUCCUUUACGGGUGACUGUACAUGUUACAGUAUAGCUACAAUUUGGGAAUAGAUAUGGCUUGUGUUUUUUUCCUCUAGCAAGGAUUACACUUCAAGCAUUUCAAGCCAUGGCAAAGCAUUUCUGUUGAGAUGAGGUAACAUACAGGAUAUUACAGUCAAUGACCUUUCACCAAUUAUAUUUUAAGCCAUUCAGUAAUACUUAAAGAAAAAUUGUUUCUUCUUUUGUUUCAUUAAAGAACAAACAAAAUAGUGAGACAGAGAACAAAACCUUAUUCUGCUGUUUAGCUUCCUGAACUGUGACUAAUGUCAUUACAGUCAGUAAGACUACACCCAAUGUACAAAGUUUAAUGCAUUUUUAAACUUUUGCAGGAUAGGAGACCAAGCUCACAUUGUAAUUUAUUCAAUAUUAUGUUAGACAAACUACUUGAAAAGUGCAUUUCACUUAGAUUAUAUGCAUUAAUGUCCAUUACUGAUUGUACUGAAAAUUGGUGGUGGUAAGGGCAAAUAACAUCCUAAUUUCAUGUUAGUGUGACAUAUAUAUGUUUAAACUUAAACUGUGCCAGGCUGGGGAAGUAUCAAGUGUAACAUAAACAAGUAUAUAAAUAAAGCAUUUAGACCUGCGAAAUUUACUCUUGGUCAUACCAGAUAGAUUUUUAGGCUGUCAGAACUAUAGCACAACUAUAAGCAGAUUAUUUCCUAAAGUUUGUACACUGAUUUCUGAUACAGAAUUGUUUGCAAAUAUUACUCCUACAUAAUUUUCAAUUACUAUAUAUAUAAAGAAGAAUAUAAUGAAAUUAGUUGUUGACAUAAGAAGGAUUUAAAAAGUAGAAAACCAUUUUCAGUAUUUUUGCAUACGUCAUUUUGUCAUGUGUAAUCCCACUGAAGUGAAUGAGACUAUUUGGGAAUUAAUGUAUAGCUCAAUGCAAGUAAAGGUAACACAAUGGGCAUGCCAGGUAAAAACCCAUACAUUGGAUGUCAAAGUACUUUCAUUAAAUAACAGAUCCAGGUCCUGUUCAAAACUGUUGGAGAAUUGUUGUCGACUUUGCCUGUUCUCAUAUGGCCAAAUUAUGUUUGCAGUAAAGGACACUGAAAUAUGAAAUAUGCAAGUAGACAAAUAGUACUGGAAGAAUUCCAUUGAGGUUCUUCCAGAUUUUGUGUUGGUAUUUUCUCCAGUUUUUGAGAAUGUGUUUGAUAUAACAGUGUUUAUAAAUUUCUGUAAAAAUACACUUUCAAAAUAACAUAAACAUGCUUUUUAUGAUAAUGCUCAAUGUAAAAAACCUGCGUAUUGUAUGUAUAAAGGAGAGGAAUCUUUUUUGCUUAUUUCUUUAGAAAGCUGAUUAACUGCUUAAGGGCUAGAGUUUGCCAGCCACAUUGAAGCAGAGCUAAUCCAAAGCCACCAAGUCAAAGGAAAGAUGCCCACAGACUUCCCUGGGGUUUGAAGUGCAAUCACAGAGCAAAAUUCUUCUUGUGAGUCAACCCAGCAAUGUCAAUGGGACCAUGGAUAAAGGGAGACAUUGUUUGAUCUAAUGGAGACUGGGAGAGUUUAGGUCAGUACCACACAACCAGAGCUGUUACAAUUUCUAGUAAGGAAAGAACUUUAUGCUGAAAGUGAUUGCAUGAAAGACAGUGGGACAGCUUGUAAUUAAAAAAAAAAUGGAGGUUUUGUAUAUUGGCCCAUAAGUAGUACGUUAUGUCUAAAAAUCAGAUGACAGGAGUCAUCUGUCUCCAAUGGACAUAAAUUCUGACAUUAGGAGAAAAAAAAUCCACCCUUAUGAAUUAAUGAUGGGCUGUGACCAUCUUUCAUUUUGCAUCCAACAAGUAGUCAUCAAUUUUUUUUUUCAAGUUUCUAUAGCAGCUUGAGGGUUAAUAUUUCUACCAGCUAAAUGGCAGUUGUUGGUGGGGGUAGGGGGUAGGAAUGGGAAAGGGAAGCAAAGACAUUUUUAUUAAAUCUAAAAAAAACCUGUAAAUAGAAUUUUGUUUUUCAUUUAAAGCAAUGUUUAGCUUGGAAAGUUGAAUAAAGAUGACUUGUAACACAUCUGUAAACCAGACAAGGCAGGAGCGAAUGUAGACCUGUACUGAGAGGAGAAAUUCUGCUGUUUUAUAAAGUAUUCAAUUCUCAUUGCGAAUAUCUUGAACUCUGUUAAGGAUACUGUACUGUAUUAAACAUGUAAAAAAAUGAUGUUUGUCUAAGUAGCUUACAAAAAUAACUCCUUGAAUGUGAGACUAUCCAUGUCUGGAGAUCUGUCGUAACUAAAUACCUGAUUCGUUAUGGUGUUGUAACUUAAUAGAAGCUAUUCGAGAGGAAGCAUGGUGUAUGAGAUUUUGUAAGUUAUUUGUGCUGGUUCUGUAUGUUGUGCCAUGUGUGUAAGACACGAAUAAACUGCUGCUUUUGUUCAUCCCA